AUGAAAACCGAUGCAGGACCAGCAGAGUGUGGCCUCCGACCAUCUUAUGAGUCCUUUCUGGAGACUGGCAAGAGGAUCACAGAGGGGAGAUACGCCAAGGCUGGGGAGUUCCCGUGGCAAGUGAGCAUCCAGAGCAACGGGAAACAUAUCUGCGGGGGCACCAUGAUCAGCGCGCUGUGGAUUUUAACUGCGGCCCAUUGCUUUGCAGAUGAGGUGCCACCAGAUCUCACUGUUGUAGUAGGGGGAAUUAACCUUGACCACCCUCUGGAAGAACAUAAGCCAGACAGCUUGGUCAUCCAUGAAAACUUUGACAGAACAAGCAUGAAACAUGAUAUUGCCCUGAUCAUGCUCAGCUCGCCCGUCGAGUUCAGCAACGAGAAAAUCCCCGUCUGCUUGCCCUUCAUGCAUGACGUUGAUACAUGGCAACACUGCUGGAUUGCUGGAUGGGGAGCCACAGGUGCAGCAGCUGAGGAGUCAGCAUCCCACGUGCUGCAGAAAGCACGGAUGAAGCUCAUCAGCAGGGAGAAGUGCUUGGAGCACAUCCCGCAGCUACCAGAGAACAUGCUGUGUGCUGAGCUGGAGGGAGGAGAAAGAGGCACCUGCCAGGUGGACAGCGGGGGACCUCUGGUUUGCAGCUACUGGAACACCAUGAAGUGGUUUCAGGUCGGCAUCAUCAGCUGGGAAGAAGAUUGCACAGAAAAGCCGAGUCACGAGAUCUACACUUCUGUUUACAACUACUAUGGCUGGAUCAUGACUGAGACAGCUCAAUUAGAUUACUCUAGAGAAAAUUUUUCAAAACAUAAUAAAAGUCAGAACUACUGUCUCCUUCUUUUGCUGCUGACCCAUAAAGUCAUGUCUCAGGUCAGCCUGCUCCAUCUCACUGAUGUGGACACAGACGCCAAAAUGAGACGCCACAGUGAGACAGGGGAGUGA